CCUUAUUUAUGUUUCUUAUUAUUACAAAUACAUUGCUUACUCUCGCGAGGACAUGUUUUCACAUUACAUUCAACGUUAAUUACACAAAAACUGCAAAAAUAAUAAAGAUAGUGAAUUGAUUUGACCCUCUCCAAAAGAGUGUUUAGUACAGGUGGGUGUUUGAGCCAAUCCAGGAAGUUUCCAUCUGAAACUGGAAUGAAUCAUGAAUCAUGUGGUGUUGUGUGUGAUGGUGUUGAUCUGAUAUGACUGUCAGCUUUAUCACACUAUAAAUGCUGAAGAAGUACAGGAUUCACUUCAUUUCAAGCUGAGGAUAUCAGAUCUGCUGCAGAGAUGAACUUCAGCAUCGAGCACACAUGGGACAGCAAGCCCGUGGAUCACGCCCCGGUGAAGAUCCGUUUCUCCCCCGGCUGUGGAGGUCUGAAGAUGGAGGUUUGUGCUCCGUUCUUCGACGAUCCAGCAGCUCCUCCUGGUCCUCCGGGUCAGCCGUUCCCCGGACUCUGGGACUAUGAAGUGGUCGAGUCGUUCUUCUUAAACAGCAGUAGUGAGCAGUAUCUGGAGGUUGAAGUCUGUCCACACGGACAGCACCUGGUUCUGCUGCUGAACGGAAAACACAACGCCUUCAUGCAACAGCUCCCUCUGGUGUUCAGUGCGUGUAUAACAGGGGGCAGGUGGAAGGGCGAGGCCCUGCUGCCCUGGAGCUUCUUCCCCCCGGGGGUCAAUAAGAUGAACUCGUACGCCAUCCACGGCUCAGGGGCGGGGCGAACCUACGAGGCUCUUUACCCCGUCCCCCCUGAGGACCUGCGGCCCGGCCAGGGGCCGGACUUUCACCGUCUGGAGUACUUCCAGCCCUUCAGGCUGCAGAGCAUCAUGGGAGAAGACUGGGUCCAGCCCGAAUCUGACCUGUGGAAGGGAGUGAGCAAGUGAGCAGAGUGCACUGCGUCCUUAUCAAGGAUAAUCACACUAACAACCUUAACGAGGGUGUAACGAGGGUGUAACGAGGGUGUAACGAGGGUGUAACGAGGGUUCUGCAGCUGUUAUCAUUAAACACACCCAGAUUUUAUGAAUAAAGUCAGACUCUAAUCUCA